CCGGUCGGUCUUAUGAAGCACGUGAUCGGUCCAGCAAGGGCAGGCCAAUUCGCUAUUUGCACUGAAUGGCAAAAUAUCCGAAACACGAUUAAUUUUUCAAACAUAUUUAAUAGCCUUUUAAAUUUUUUCUAGAAUGACGAAGAGCUGCCUUUCAUAACCAUCUGGAAUUAAAUUAGAAAGUUACUAAUCGCCAUCUAGCGUUGGAAAAAAAUACAACAAGUAAAUAAAUUAAACCUAUGAAUGUCUCUACCACUACAGGCCCGUUAUUAGGAAUAUUUGAAAGUUUAAAUCACGUGUUUUAUAUUCUCGCUGGUUUAAUUUGCUUGUUAAUAAUGUCUAUACGUGUGUACGCUUUACAGUAAAUCGUCCUUUUUCUCCUGAAAGUUCACAAUUUCAUUUCCAUCACAUCUGAAAGAAGAAAUGACAGUCGCCAUUUAUUUAUACAUAUAACUUACAUUCUUCACAUAUCGCAUGAUAAUUAUUUCAUUUCAAGUUUUUUAAUGACACUGUUUUCUUCUUGUACACUAAUAUUUGUAGUUGUUUGCCAGGCUAUUCAUUUUAUUUGGCAGUAGAGAGAACAUAAGGUACCCUGCUAAAUCUAUGCACUUUUCUAGAACAAUUGCAUGUACAAGCUUAGACAAGUUCAGCGUGCACAGAGGAAGUAUGCUUGGUAUUAACUUACUCUUGUACACUCCCAGUGUUUUGCACAUGUUAGCAGGGUUGGGCUUGUUUGACACCAUUUCAAUGCAGUCAGUGUUUUACCUCGUCGACCACCUACUCGGCUUUUCAUUGCCGGCUAAUAUACUUUGUGUGGUAAAAAAACAACAUGCAGUACUUUCCUGCCGCAUUGUUAGCAUUCUUGAGCGUAUUAUCUCAAGUGCUUGGAGGUAACGUUUUGGUGUAUCCAUUGGAUGGAAGUCACUGGGUAAACAUGAAGGUCCUGAUUGAGGAAUUACAUACAAGAGGUCACAACGUGACCGUGCUUAGAGCCUCUAACAGUUGGUAUAUCAAAGAGGAGUCUCCUUUCUAUACCUCCAUCACUGUUUAUAAUAGCGGUGGCAUUGAAAAAGAGCUGCUCGAUGAAUUUACUAAACAUAUCCUGAUCAUCAGAAGAGAGAAACUGUCCUUUUGGACCCACCUCUCACUGGCCUUGGAGGUUGGAAAGGUAUUUGAAGAAAUGCAUCGCAAUCAACUUGUCUUAAUGGGGAAAAUCUUUGAAAAUAAAGACUUAAUGGCUUCACUCCAGACAGCAAAAUAUGACCUGGUUCUGACAGAUCCGGCUUUUGGAGUUGGAAUUUUUCUAGCACGUCGUCUUGGUCUCCCUCUUGUGCUAAAUGUCCGUUGGACGAUGCACGGAGAGGCGCAUUUUGAAAUAGCUCCUUCACCGCUGUCGUUCGUUCCUGUACCAGGAGUAGAGCUGACAGAUAAGAUGACGUUUGCUCAACGUGUACAGAACGUCAUGGGAUACAUGUUUACAGUUUAUCACAAAUCCAGAUUUAUCUCCCCACACUACCACUCCUUCUGCAAUAAAUACUUUGGAUCAGAAAUCGAUUACAAAUCCAUCCUUCAGGAUGCAGACAUCUGGCUGAUGAGGAAUGACUUUACCUUUGAGUUUCCACGACCCACAAUGCCCAAUAUCGUCUAUAUGGGGGGCUUCCAGUGUAAACCCGCCAAGCCGCUUCCAGCUGAUCUUGAGGAGUUUGUGCAGAGCUCAGGAGAUCAUGGACUCAUUGUCAUGGCACUAGGGACUCUAUUUAGUCGUCUUCCACGAGAUAUCACAGAGGAAAUUGCUGCAGCUUUUGCCAGAUUGCCCCAAAAAAUCAUUUGGAGACACACAGGACCUCGACCUGCCAAUAUUGGUGAUAAUACAUUACUUGUUGACUGGUUACCUCAGAAUGACCUGCUUGGACAUCCUAAAACAAGAGUGUUUAUAACACAUGGAGGCACUAAUGGCAUCCAAGAGGCCAUCUAUCAUGGGGUGCCCAUUUUGGGUCUACCUAUAGUAUUUGAUCAACCUGACAAUCUGUCUAGAAUGAAGGUUAGAGGCACAGCUAAACUUGUGGAUAUUGCAGAAUUGAACAGGACGAUGUUUCUACGGGCAUUGGAGGAAAUGUUGCAUAACCCAUCUUACAAGGAGAACAUGCAGAGACUGUCCAAGCUGCACCACGACCAGCCAAUGAAACCUCUUGAUCGUGCCAUCUUCUGGAUUGAGUUUGUCAUGAGAAACAGAGGAGCUCCUCAUUUACGAACACAGUCUUUCAGAAUGUCCUGGAUUGAGUACCACUCUAUAGAUGUUAUUUUGACUCUGCUUAUGGCAGUUGUUUUGUUUUGUUUCAUGGUUUACUCUAUCAUAAAAUGUAUGUGUUGUAAAGUAAUAUUUAAGAAGAAAAUGAAAGCUGAAUGACUGAAUAUUUGUCCAGAAUCCCAGGAAUUUAUUCCAUAACCAGUGUUUCUAUUUUCAUUUUGGGCUGAGACUGUUUUCUUUGAAAGUUGUAAAAUAACACACGAAAAUAUAUAAGCCUCUUCUCAAAGUGAAUCCUUUAA